AUGAUGUGCGAGGUGAUGCCGACCAUCAGCGAGGGAGAUUCGGGCGGUCCGCCGAGGGCCACCGGCGGCGUGCCGAACGGCUCGGACCAGGAGGCCAACUUCGAGCAGCUGAUGGUCAACAUGCUGGACGAGAGGGACAAGCUGCUGGAGUCCCUCAGGGAGACUCAGGAGACCCUCAUCCAGUCCCAGACCAAGCUGCAGGGGGCGCUGCACGAGAGGGACGUGCUCCAGCGGCAGAUCAACGCCUCGCUACCUCAGGAGUUUGCCACCCUGACCAAGGAGCUGAACAUAUGCCAGGAGCAGCUGCUGGAGAAAGAGGAGGAGAUAUCGGAGCUGAAAGCUGAAAGGAACAACACAAGGCUGCUGUUGGAGCACCUGGAGUGCCUGGUGUCUCGUCACGAGCGCAGUCUGAGGAUGACAGUGGUGAAGAGACAAGCACCCCCACCAUCUGGAGUUUCCAGCGAGGUGGAGGUCCUGAAAGCUCUGAAGUCGCUGUUUGAACACCACAAGGCCCUGGAUGAGAAGGUGCGUGAGAGGCUUCGGGUGGCUCUGGAGAGGGUGGCCACCCUGGAGGGACAGCUAGUGGUGACCACACAAGAGUUGAACAUGGUGAGACAAAGGAAGGAUGGUGACUCACUGGAGCGAACAGAUGGAUCCAAACCUACAUGGAAGAGACUUCCCAACGGCUCCAUAGACGCUCACGAUGACAGCAGCCGUUUGUCUGAACUUCAGGAGCUGCUGGAUCGCACCAACAAGGAGCUGUCCCAGAGCCGCGAGCACUCUGUCACUCUGAACGCCCGCUUGGCCGAGCUGGAGGCAGAGCUCGCGAACGCACGCCGAGAACUGAGCCGCAGCGAGGAGCUGUCAAUCAAACAACAGAGGGAGCAGAGAGAGAGAGAGGACAUGGAGGAGAGAAUCACAACAUUAGAGAAACGCUACCUGGCCGCCCAGCGGGAAACCACACACAUUCAUGACCUCAACGACAAACUGGAGAAUGAACUGGCCACCAAGGACUCCCUGCACCGACAGAGUGAAGAGAAGGUGCGCCAGCUGCAGGAGAUGCUGGAGAUGGCAGAGCAGAGGCUGGCUCAGACCAUGAGGAAGGCUGAGACUCUGCCAGAGGUGGAAGCCGAAUUGGCCCAGAGAGUGGCAGCGCUCUCCAAGGCCGAGGAACGUCAUGGCAACGUGGAGGAGCGGCUCAGACAGCUGGAAUCUCAACUGGAGGAGAAGAACCAAGAGCUUGGAAGGGCUCGUCAGAGGGAGAAAAUGAAUGAGGAGCACAACAAGCGUUUAUCUGACACUGUGGAUCGUCUGCUCACUGAGUCCAAUGAGAGACUGCAGCUCCAUCUCAAGGAACGCAUGGCUGCCCUGGAGGACAAGAACUCUCUAAUUCAGGACCUGGAGAACUGCCAGAAACAGCUUGAAGAAUUUUACCACACCAGGGAACGGCUGAUCGGAGAGAUUGAGAAGUUGAGAAAUGAGAUCGACCAUUUGAAACGUCGCAGUGGGGUUUUUGGAGAUGGAACUCACCCCCGGUCUCAUCUGGGUAGCGCCAGUGACCUUCGCUUCUCUGUGGUGGAGGGCCAGGACGGCCACUACAGCACGACUGUGAUCAGGCGCUCACAGAAGGGCAGAAUGUCAGCGAUGCGAGACGACCCAAACAAGGUAUUCGGCGUGUUUGAACAGGACUACCCGUCACUGCGUGGCAGCGUCAGCCGCCUCCUCGGCAGUGACAUCGAGGCAGAGUCGGACCUGGACGACGAUGUCAGCUCCACCCUGCUUUCCCCCAGCGGCCAAUCAGACGCUCAGACUCUCGCUCUCAUGCUGCAGGAGCAGCUUGAUGCUAUCAAUGAAGAGAUAAGGAUGAUCCAGGUGGAGAGAGAGUCCGCAGACUUGCGCUCUGAUGAGAUCGAGUCCCGCGUGAACAGCGGCAGCAUGGACGGACUAAACGUGACGCUUCGACCGCGGGCCCUGCCCACCUCUGCCACCGCCCAGUCCCUGGCAUCCUCCUCGUCACCGCCCAACAGUGGCCACUCAACGCCGAAACACCACGGACGCAACCCCAGCCACCAUCUAGGCAUCAUGACUCUGCCAAGCGACCUGAGGAAACAUCGCAGAAAAGUAGCAUCUCCAGUUGAAGUGGACAAAGCUACCAUCAAGUGUGAGACGUCGCCUCCCUCUUCCCCCCGGAGUUUGCGGCUGGAAACCAAUUUUGCCCAAUUUACAGGCAGCCUGGAGGAUGGUCGAGGCAAGCAGAAGAAAGGCAUCAAGUCGUCUAUCGGCCGAUUGUUUGGGAAGAAGGAGAAGGGUCGACUGGACCAGACAAUGGGCAGGGAAGGACAGCCCCUACCAGCCUUAACAGACUUUGAGAUGGGCAUCGGCGACACCAUGACUCUGGGAAAACUUGGCACUCAGGCGGAGAGGGACCGCAGGAUGAAGAAAAAGCACGAGCUUCUUGAAGAUGCCAGGAAAAGAGGUCUGCCGUUCGCCCAGUGGGACGGCCCCACUGUCGUCUCCUGGCUUGAGCUGUGGGUGGGUAUGCCGGCCUGGUAUGUGGCGGCCUGUCGUGCCAACGUGAAGAGCGGAGCCAUCAUGUCAGCUCUGUCCGACACGGAGAUUCAGAGGGAGAUUGGCAUCAGCAACCCUCUGCACCGACUCAAACUCCGCUUGGCCAUUCAGGAGAUGGUGUCCCUCACCAGCCCCUCUGCACCGCUCACCUCCAGAACGUCCUCCGGAAAUGUGUGGGUGACUCAUGAAGAGAUGGAGAACCUGGCUUCCUCCACUAAAGCGGACAAUGAGGAGGGCAGCUGGGCACAGACUCUGGCAUAUGGAGACAUGAACCAUGAGUGGAUCGGGAACGAGUGGCUGCCCAGCCUCGGUCUGCCUCAGUACCGCUCCUACUUCAUGGAGUGUCUGGUGGACGCACGCAUGCUGGACCACCUGACCAAGAAGGACCUGAGGAGCCACCUCAAGAUGGUGGACAGCUUUCAUAGGGCUAGUCUGCAGUAUGGGAUUAUGAGCUUGAAGAGACUCAAUUAUGACAGGAAAGACCUGGAGCACCGGAGAGAGGACAGCCAACACGACAUGAAAGAUGUGUUGGUGUGGACCAAUGAGCAGGUGAUCCACUGGAUCCACUCCAUUGGUCUGAGGGAGUACAGUGGCAGCCUGUUGGAGAGCGGCGUUCACGGGUCGCUCAUCGCUCUGGACGAGACCUUUGACUACAGCAGCCUAGCGCUCAUCCUGCAGAUCCCUAUGCAGAACACACAGGCACGGCAGGUUUUGGACAGAGAGUUCAACAACCUAUUAGCUCUGGGAACGGACCGUCGACUAGAGGAGAGUGGGGACGACAAGACUUUUCGACGCUCUCCGUCAUGGCGCAAGAGGUUUCGGGCACGUGAGGGAGGGGCGGGGCUUGGAAUGAUGGCAGGCUCCAUGGAAACACUGCCUGCUGGAUUCCGUAUGCCCUCCAUGUCCAUGCCGCCCUCUGUGAAUUUGGUGUCCAGGAAACAGCUGCAGCCUGAAGCUCCUCCCCCGGCGCCCCCGAGACUCGACCCUUCGGCCGUGCGGACCUACUCAUGCUAA